CACAAAUUGCAGUUUUCCCAAUUUUCAUCUACCAUUGUUUUAUAAUAAGAAAACACGAUUGUCCAAUAAAUAUAUUCUCUCCUUCUUCAUCUAUAAUCAGAAGCAGAAUCAGCAGCAACAGUUUGAUCUGAAAAGCGAUUUAAAGAUGGGAUUACUCAGCACUUUAUUGGGGAUUUUGGGGUUAGGAAUUGGCAUUCCUGUUGGUUUGUUCAUUGGAUUUUACCUAUUCAUCUAUUCUCAACCUGAUAAGGAUAUUCAGGAACCAACCAUUAGGCAACUUAAUGAGUUAGAUAAAACAUAUUUAGAAGAUCUUCUUCCAGAGAUUCCCCUUUGGGUUAAGUGUCCUGAUUAUGAUAGAGUAGACUGGCUUAACAAGUUUCUACUUGAAAUGUGGCCUUAUCUUGACAAGGCUAUAUGUGAGAUAAUAAGAAGCACGUUAAAGCCAAUUUUCGCGGAUUACAUUGGGCAAUACAUGUUAGAAUCAAUCGAGUUUGAUAAUCUAACACUUGGGACACUUCCUCCCAUUAUUCAAGGUAUUAAAGUUUUUGAAACAAAUGAGAGUGAACUUGUCAUGGAACCGGCGAUUAAAUGGGCUGGAAAUCCAAACAUAAUUGUAGUGAUAAAGAUUAUGUCGAUGCCAAUCAAAAUACAGUUAGUGGAUAUGCAAAUAUUUGCUUCACCAAGGAUAACUUUGAAGCCACUUCUGCCUUCAUUCCCCUGUUUUGCAAAUUCGGUUGUAUCACUUCUAGAGAAGCCACAUGUUGAUUUCGGGUUGAAAGUUCUAGGAGGCGACAUUAUGUCUAUCCCUGGCGUAUACCGCUUCAUUCAGGAGACAAUCAAGAAACAAGUUUCAAGCUUAUACCUUUGGCCACAAACACUCGAAAUACCAAUUCUCGAUGCAAGCUCGGUGGCUGCAAAGAAACCUGUUGGAAUACUACACGUUAGAGUAGUAAAAGCAAACAAAUUAUUGAAGAAGGACUUGUUGGGUCUCUCAGAUCCUUAUGUUAAGCUAUCUCUAAGUGGAGACAAGUUACCAUCAAAGAAAACAACAAUCAAGAAGAAGACACUAAAUCCGGAAUGGAAUGAGAAUUUCAAAAUUGCCGUGAAGGAUCCGAAUUUGCAACUUCUUCACAUAUGUGUUUACGAUUGGGACAAGGUUGGUGGACAUGAUAGACUAGGAACGCAGUUGCUUCCUCUAAAAGAGUUAGUGCCAAAUGAGAAGAGGGAGUUUACAUUGGAUUUGAUCAAGGACACAAAUGUUAGUGAACCCGAAAAGAAACCGAGAGGACAUAUAACAUUGGAAGUUACUUAUGCCCCUUUUCGAGACAAUGACAAUGAGUUUAGUGGAACUCUAGAAGAGUUGCAAACUGGUUCCUUUAACAAGGUGGUUCCUAGAAAUAUAAGCACUAAUGGGAUUGAUGGUGGUUUACUUUUGGUAAUAGUUUAUGGAGCCAAGAAUGUGGAAGGCCGGUUUCACAACAAUCCAUAUACAUUAGUUGUUUUUCGAGGAGAAAUAAGAAAAUCCAAGAUGGUCAAGAAAUCUCGUGAUCCAAAUUGGAACGAAGAAUUUCAGUUUGUGCUCGAGGAACCUCCAAUUAACGACAAGAUCCGAAUUGAGGUCAUGAGCAAGCGGACAACUUUUAGUUUAAGAUCAAAGAAGGAAUCUCUUGGAUAUGUGGAUAUUAAUCUAACCGAUGUUGUGUACAAUGGUCGGAUGAAUCAUAAGUAUAACUUAAUAGAUUCUAAGAAUGGAGUAAUUCAUAUCGAGUUGGGUUGGAAUAAGGGCUAAUGGUUGGUUGGCCUAUAAUUCUUUUGUAACAUUCUUUUAUUAUGUUGUAUGUACAUUACUUUUUUUUUUUUUUCAUUAUUGAGCAACUUAUUAUAUUUUACAUUAUAUUAUCAAUUUAAUAAAUUUACAAAUGUUAUUCAUUUGUACACCUUA